AUGAACGUGGAGUUAUUGUGCUGCAGUGCUUUAGGAAUAAUGUUUUUAAGUUCAAUCAAUGGAGAGCUCAGCCCAGCUGACCAGAUAAAUGGUGUCAAGAGGGUUCUAGAAAAUCCUGAGACAAAGAGAGGAUUUCCUUACUUGGCUGCAGAGGCCAAAAGGCUUAGUAAUUUAUAUGGCGAGAGUUGUUCAUCUGUUCAAGAGGUUCUAUCAGUGGAAGAAGGGAAAAAAGUGUCAUUAGGAGAGGAAGAAAAGAAUGACUUUAAAUUUUUGGCUGAAAAGACUAAAGAGCUUCAGCAGAAAUGGGAAGUCGUCUCUAAAGUUCUUGGGGAUGGUGAGCUCUCGGAGGAAAGCAUAAAGAGACUGAUUUUGGACAUCAUCAACUUGGAAGCUGAGGUCAUAAAAUGCUCGGGAAGAUUGAAUGUGAACUAUUUCCUUACUAUCGAGUUCCUUCGUCGUCUUGAUGAAUGCCUCGAAAAUGGAACAAGAGGGCUUAAGGAGCUGUUAUCAGACCCGAAUUUUAUUUGCAGUAUCGCGCCUAGAUCAGUGGAAGAGGAAUAG